GCGGAUUAUGUGUCAGUGCUUAUUAGACUUUAAACUGUGAUGUGCUAGUGAGAUUUCCAUUAUUGAUCUUGUGUUUUUUAUUGAUGCCUUUUUUGGAUUACUAUUAAAAUGAUCCUUAGGAAUGCCAGAUGUAUCCUGGUGAUUCACUUGCUAUACCUACUUAUAGCAAUAGAAGCCCAAAAUGCUCGGUCAUACGAUACAAACGAUUGGAUACCAAUCACCCCAUCCAGCAAAGAAAAAGAUAUUGUGGUUGAGCAGAAGAAAGCCACUGGACGAGUCUUGAAUUUGGACGCCCCCCCACAACAAAAGUUUUUCCCUGAUGAUGAAUAUAGAAAGAAAGAGAAGUUCCUAAGGGAUCUUCCAUUUCCAAAGAACAGACAGCCCAUUAGGCAACACAAGCCAAGAUAUGAGCGCCCUUAUAAGUUCGAACAGAGUUACAAAGCAAAGCCAAAUGUAAACAACAUGCCUUUCGCUGUGGAACAACCCCCACCACCAGUAAAUCAGCCUCAAGUCCUUCAGCAGCCUCCUCCGUAUCAAGCCCCUCAAUUCCUGUACAAGCAACAAUACAAUCCAAAUUAUCUAAAUCCAAAUCAAAACUAUCAAGAGUAUCAGCAAUACCUGCCUUUCAAUCAAUCACUCUAUCAAACCAUUAACCCUGUGGGCAUCAACCAAGAAUUUCUUGCCUCCAUUCAGAAUGCUAAACCUUUGGAGUCGUUCCAACAGCAGGUGCCAGUAUCGAGCACCACGACACCUAAAGGUGUCGAUAUUGAAAAGGAAACCGUCCAAUUGCUUUACGUUCCUCUGGAAAACCUAAAAAACAACCAACUCGUUUCCCAGGACACUCAAAACGUAUAUCGUACCGCUCCAUCUCCCCAACAACAACAACACUACCCUCAGCAAACUUCAAGGUUAGCAGCCAUAGAAAAAGACUUCAUCAGGCAAGCGCUGGAAGCCCAACGGCUUCAGGAGGAGAUCAGGAAUGGACGCCCUCUAUAUUUCCAGAGCACAACUCCAAAACCGAAGAAAAGGAAAGCCCACCAGCCACCGCUAGCCGUUUAUAUGGGAAGCAAUAGACCUGAAGCGGAAAUCGCAGAUGUACUCGAUCUUUUGAAGGACGCUAAAACGAUCGCGGUGCAAGACAACUUUAGACCUGACUCACCGAAAGUGUUCAUCGGUCCAUCAACUUUAAAUCCUCCAGAUGGAUACAGUAAAUUUCCGCUACCUUAUCUGAAUAGCAUUGAGGGGAACAGAAUCGAACGCAAAAUAGAGCAACUGCCGUUCUUUGUAGCCCCACUGAGUUACAAAACCCCUGACGGGUAUUCCAAAAUUCCUCUACCAUCACCACAUGUAGGUUCAGUAGUUGUAUCAACCAAGGAUGAAUUACACGAUAAAAAUACACCUGCUAGACCACAGGUUGUCAAAAACGUUAAUCAAUAUCAAUAUUUAGACAAGCCACAAUAUCAUCAAUACAUCCAAAACACUCCAGCCCCCUCCCCUCAAAAAGUUAACAAUAAUGAACAAUACACCAACCCAAGAACCCCAGAAGAAGUUAAACAAAGUUAUCCAGUACCUGCAAGACCACAAUCCCCCCAAUUGCCACCCACUCUUUUGGAACCAGUCAGACAAGCUUACACUCUAAACCAAGAUGAAUCUGUUAAGGAACAAAACAUUUACCCAAGUUCUCCAAGACCCACCGAAUAUGAUAUCCCAUCCAGAUCCACAACCUCACCUCAAAUAACUAUUGAUAACUUUGGACAAUAUCACAUACCAGUUAGCACCUUAACACCACAACUGCAAGAAAUCAACCGAUACUCCAGUACUCCUCAAACCCAGACGCAGUCGUUUAAUUUAAGCGAUAAAGUCAAAGCUUCGUUUGAAGCAACACCCAAGCCGGUCGCCCAAUCAAACAAUGAUGCGAAUUAUGAAGCACUAUCCACAAAUCCAAACCCAAUACAAUCGUACAACGUUAAUCCAUUGGAACUGGCGAUUAAUCGCUUCGAAUUGGAACAAAUCAAUAGUCAGUUAUUGGACAAGCAAAACCAACCUCAGUCGUCAGUAUACUAUGAUGAAUCGUUCUCUGCUAGUACUCCCAGAUACGAAAACAAUUACGAUACCGUCACGACCCCAAAAACUAAGCGGAGAAAACCAUCGAGACAACCAAUCAGAACCACCCCAACUUACGAUAACACGAGGUACACUGUCAACGAAGAUUACGUAGCGCAGAGAUCAACCACUCCAAGAACAUCAACAACCAAUCAACCUACUAUAAAUUACAGGCAAAGUACUGCAAGUUCGGAGAUCGAAAAUAUUCCAUCCAAGGUUUACAAACUCGCCCCGCAAGAGCAUCCAGUUUACACCGAAAACCGCCCAUCCGUCAACCAACACCUCUUGAACAGAGAAACGUUGGAUCAACACAUAUUAAACUCGUACCUAUCUUCAGAGGAAGCAGCAAACAACAAGGCAGAACAACCCACUGACAUUCCCAGCGUUGAACCGCUAAGCAGGGAAGAAAACCAAAACGCUGAUAAUGACGCUCAAAUUUUGUCCGGGUACAUUUCAAAUUUGCAGGAUCAGUCGGUUAGGGCCCUGUUGGUGCCCAAUUUAUUGGUACCGACAACCGAACAAUUAAAAGAAAUGAGCUCGACUGCCAAAUAUGAACCUGUAACUACGCCUGUGGAAAUACCUAGAACAACAGAGGAGCCCCAAAUUGAAACCACGACCCGUUUUAGGAGAAACAGGGGGCGAGUACGGGGUAACAGCGGAAAAUACUCCACCACCACGUCAACACCCAGACGGACAGUAAGCAGAGGUAGACGACCCAGCCAUAGAAUAACAACUGAGAAAGCUGUAACUACAACAGAUAAAGUGAACGAUUAUACAAGAAGAAGCCUAACCAAUACGGAAAUAAUCAAAUCCAGGUUUAGAACCAGAGGUAGAACUACAACCACCACCGAAAACCAGAACAAAAUUUUCAAGCAACCAGAGUUACAGAGCGGAUUCCAAGCUUCUUCAGCAAAUGGAGAACCAGAUAGCUACACGCAAUUCGAGCGCACAAGCGAUGAACAAAAAAUAAUCACAGUCAAACCUGAAAGUGCCAUCAAAGAUUACCAUCAAGUUUACAAUUUACCUGUACAAGGAAAGCUAAAUUAUGACAACACUCCCCAGCCAGUGGUGGAUAUAAAAAUAACGCACCCUAUUGAUUCUGACAUUAUAACCAAACCGACGAAAGACAGCCAAUACGUGCAAAUUCAUUCCGGAGAUAGGGGCAGAAAUUCGGAAGAAGCUACUCGUUCGCCGGUGAGGGUUAGAGGCAGAACAAGAGCAAAAACAAGAUUCCCUUCAACUACAACCACCACAACUGAAAAAACCCAAGGCCAAGAAGAAUUUUAUGGAUUCUUCAGACAACCUGACUUCAACAAACCUAAAGUAGAAGAACAACAGCCUAUAAUCGAAUUUCAAAGUACGAACGCACCAAUACAGUACUCCUCCUCGUAUCUAAGUUCCCCUCAACCGAAAACGGUAUAUAACGAGGAGUUCGUUGCUAAAGGUUAUUCCACGGAAAGAUCUGAAUUAUCAAGCCCUGUACACUUUAUUGGGGAAAUUAGACCCAAGUAUUACCCCCAAGCUCAGUAUGAGGAAAGUAAGUUAUCUAUAGCGACUGCUGAACAAGACCCUAUGACCACAGAACGAUUUACAAGUAGGGUUACAGUGCAAAGCAAUGAUAACGAAGUUAACUCGUAUACCACCAAACGAGGUAGAACUAGAAGCAGAGGUAACACUCACUAUAGACUGCCGGAAACUCUUACAUCACCAAAAGAUGAUGCCGAGGUUGAAGGCGGUAAUUACCCAGCCUCCUUCUUUUCCAACAAACCAUCAUUAACUGAAGAACCCUUCCAAAUAACCAUUGAUCCUCUACAAGAAGACAUGGAAGACCAAUCACCACACUCAUCCAUCUACAGUCACAAUUACGUCAAGCCUGAUAGCGACUGGGUUGAGGCUUCUGCUGUACCUAUAUUGAAUGGGCUUCCUUCAGACGAUAAGCCCACUGAAGAACCAGUAGCUUUACCAAUGGUAAACACUGAGACCUCCACAGACGAACAACCAGUAACCACCGAUGAAAUCAACGAAUCAAACAAAGACAUGUCCGAUUUCCUCACAGAAAUUAAUCAGAUGGUGAAGGAGGCUAGCCUGGAAACCACAACACAAGUGGUUGAAGUUAAACCGAUGAAAAAGAAGGGUCGUAGACGUGGAGUUUGGAAAUUGGUUCGACACAAACCUCUAGACCAGUUCCAGACGGCCGAAUCGCAAAAUUACAAAUCUGUUUUGAACACUAUAGAGAGAGUGAACAAGAAAAAUAUCGAAUAUCAACCAAUACAGAGGCAGCGCAGCACUACUGAACAAAGUUCUGAAGAUUCAGAGGAAAUUGUUACGACUGAAUACACCAUAAACAAAAUUGUUAGUGAGGAGCCCAUAACAACUACAGCUGCACCUACAGAAGGAAGUCUUUUUGAUACUCUAUACGACAUGUUCGAUUUACAAAUAGACGGUAAAACAACCACCACUGAGGUUAACACGGAAGUUCCAGAUGAUGUUACCACCACAACGAUUAUUCCAAAUUUUCCUCAAGAAAUAACUGAAGAACCAGCGACAACAACACUCAAUACCACAUCUACUGAAGCAGUGGAGGAGUCUACGACCAUUUUGCCAAACACUGUGGAAAGUUGGGAAACCACGCCAAAAAUCGAAGCUAAAACCACUUUUGACGUUGAUCCUUGGGAAAUGAAGGCUGUUAAAACUUCAACCUCCACUGAAGUAUCCCACGAAACUGAAAUUUGCUAUAAAGGCAGAUGCGUCAAGUCGCUGAACAGAAAAACAAGAUCGUAACAGUGAUACAUCUUAGUCGUAGUGUAAAUAUUGAUACAGCAGCUAUAACGAACUUUUGUGUGAUGUGUGAAUGGGUUUUAUUUGAUUGUGUGCAAGAAACGCAAAUUGUUUGAGUUAGUAUAUUUAUGUUUUGUUAUUAAGUAAUAUUUAUUAUUUUUGUAAUCUACUCUAAAUUAAAAUAAAAUAAAAUAAAAUGUAUACAUCUA